ACGGGGUCUAGUGUGGGUGGCAAGCUCUAAUCAUUAAAACAUCACGCCUUAAACAAUUGCUUUGCCCACAUUACCAGUUUUGAGAUUACACCAAUAUGGCCGCCGUUCAUAUGCGCGAGAAGAAUACCCUCGUCAACGAGUGCUUUGCCGUCAAAUGUGAUAAGUGCGGACUGACGACUUGGAAAGGGUGCGGCAAGCACGUCGACCAGGUCAUGUCCUCGGUCCCCGAAGAUCAGCAGUGCAAGUGCCCGCGCUCAUGAGUGCUGCCAGGUCUCAACCUCGGAGCGAGCAUGCAUAGCUCUCAGGGCCUGCAUUCAAUUUCGUUGCGACUGGGAGCGAGCUGCAAAGCAGGGUCCAGCAUACCGGAGCACCGUACAUGUACUUU